CAGUAUUCUGCAAUGCUCAGAAUCUGGAGGUUUUUCUAUUCUACCCAUCAGCACUGGAACCAAAGGGUCUCCAAGCCAAAGGAAAAACUUGUUUUCAACUAUUUUAUAUGAAAUAUUUACAUAUGUAAAAGAAAUGUGGUGGAGCCUGAAUGAAGUUUCUCCUCUGAUUCUCUUGAUAGCCUAUCUAAUAUGUCAGGAUACAGUUACCGCACAUAGUGCGGUAACAGGAUUGCCUUCCCAGAGGCUGGUAUCAUUUAAUCUCUUCAGAAGAACCAGCAGAGAUGUCAAUACCCCGGCUCCUGUGAACUGUCAGCUAAGCCAGUGGUCAGAAUGGACGGGUUGCUUUCCUUGCCAAGAGAAAAAAUACAGAUACAGAACUUUGCUACAGCCUGCCAAGUUCAAAGGGAGUAAAUGCACUGGUCAUCUCUGGGAUGAGGCAGCAUGCCGAGCAACAGAAACAUGUGCAGCAAGCCAACGCUGUGGAAAAGAUUUUCAGUGUGAGGAGACAGGUCGCUGUAUUAAACGCCACCUUGUAUGUAACGGAGAGCCAGACUGUAGAGAUGGAUCUGAUGAGAAUAACUGUGAGAAUGAAGAUACUGAAAGCCUCUGUGAAAACCUAGACCCAAUUCCUGGGUCUGAAAGGGCAGCUCAAGGAUACAAUGUUCUUACACAAGAAGAAAUGCAAUUUGUAUACGAUCCUAAGUAUUAUGGAGGCCAGUGUGAGUACAUUUACAAUGGAGAAUGGCGGGAAUUGAAGUAUGACUCUGCAUGUGAACGUUUGUACUAUGGGGAUGAUGAGAAAUAUUUUAGAAAACCCUACAAUUUCCAUGUAUAUCAAUUUCUAGCUCAUGCUGAUUCUGGAUUCUCUUUUGAGUUUUACGAUGAUUCGAGAGAUUUAUUUGAGGCCAUAAAAAAAGAUAAAUCCACAAAUUAUGGCUUUACCUUUGGAAUAAGUUAUGCUAAUGUACCUCCCCUUUUUGAGCUAGGUUUCAGUUUAUCACAGGGUAAAGGAUCCCUGAAGAAUUUCACGCAGUAUAACGAGAAGAACGUAGGAUUCAUUAGAGCCAUAACAAAGGUACAGACAGCACGGUUCAAAAUGAGACGGGAUAACGUAGUUCUGGAUGAAGACGUGCUUCAGUCCCUGAUGGCGCUUCCAGAAAGCUACAACUAUGGAAUGUAUGCCAAAUUUAUUAAUGACUACGGUACCCAUUUCAUGACAUCUGGGACCAUGGGAGGCAUCUUUGAAUAUAUCCUCGUCGUUAACAAAGAAGAAAUGAAAAGAAAAGCCAUUACAUCUGAAACAAUAAGUUCCUGUUUUGGUCUGUCAGGAGGCCUUAUAUACCAAAAGGAAAAAACAGAUAUAUCAAUGUCACUAUCAUACAAAAAGUGUGAGACAGAAGGAUUCCUUAAAACUGAUCAUGAAACCAAUAGUGCAGUAGUGGAAGAUAUUAUUCCUCGGAUUCAAGGUGGAGAUGUUGGUUCAAGUGGAGGGCUUUUAAACAGUUGGAAUGCCAAUAUGUAUCGUCACUGGGGAAGGUCAUUAAAAUAUAAUCCUGCUGUUAUUGAUUUCGAGCUACAACCCAUACAUGAAAUCCUCCGUAGAAGCAACCUUGAUGAUAUUGAAACAAAAAGGCAAAACCUGAAAAGGGCUUUGGACGAUUACUUAACAGAGUUCAACGCCUGCCGCUGUGGCCCUUGUCAGAACAAUGCUGAAUCCAUGCUUCUCGGGGACGUCUGUGUUUGUCAGUGCCCACUGGGUUAUGAGGGCCCAGCCUGUGAGAAGACCAGACGCAAAGGUGGUAAGACAAAUGGUAACUGGAGCUGCUGGUCAUCCUGGACUCCCUGCCAGUCUGGAACAAAGAGACGUACAAGGCAAUGUAAUAACCCAGCCCCGCAAAAUGGCGGAACAUCGUGUGCUGGAAAGAGUGUGCAGACACAGACGUGCUAAGGGCUGGCUAUGUCUGGGAUAAGUUAUGACACUGAUUAAUGAGCGUAUAUGUUAGAUAGUGUUUUGCAUAGUAGGCUGUAACUACCACUGGAGUAACUCAGCUGAAGUCAAUAGAAUUACACUAAUGAUAAAUCUGGCCUAUAGUUUUACAUUCAUAGGAAGAUAUAGUGGAGCCACCAAAUGAAAUCUGAACAUUGCCCAGUAAAUUCUGAAACACACACACACACACACACACACACUCACUCACUCUCUUUACCCUCAAUUUGUGAUGACAGGUUGCAAGGCGGUGGAGAAUCAGGGCAAAUGCUUUUUACUGAAUAACAAUGGGGUUAUAAAGUAAUAAAACACAUUUAGUAAAACAGUUUACAUAGUAAGCUUCACUAACUGAAAUGUUUGUAUUUGCCUUUGGAAGACAAAUUAAAAGCUCAUGAUCCUUGCAUUGAA